GGUUUCUUCCUAAUUAGGUGAGAGAAGAUCAAGACCAACCAAUGGCACUCGGCGAAGAGGAUUCAACGCUCACAAAGCUGGAAUUAGCCUGCACAGACUUGAAAAAACUCCUACUAACCUCCUCCAAACUCGAUGAGAACCUAGCAAACAUGGACAAAAAGUUUGAUUCUAUGGAAGAGAUACUUACAACAGCUGCAAGGAGAGUAGCACCUUUACAUUCUUUGGCUAUGACCACGAAAGCCCUCGAAACUAGAAUCAGCCGAGCUGUGUCUCCGGCUCUUGAACUCCUUGAUAGCUUCAAGCUUGCUGAAUCUCUCCAACACAAGCUUCUUGAACUCUCCUCCAAAGUAUCCUCUGAGAAGAAUCCCAAGAAAAGGCUUAGAAAAUUGAUAAAAUAUGUUGAUUGUGUUGAUAAGCUUAACACGACCAUAAUCAAAAUAAGUCAAGAUGGUGAGCCGGUGAUUCAAAAACUUCAAGAGGUAGUGGAGUUCUUGAGCAGGACAAAAGCCACUGAUCAGUAUAGGACACAUAGGUUGAGGGAGACUUUGGUGACUCUUAAGGCUCUGUAUGAAACUGAGGUUGAUGCCACGAGGUUCGACGGGUUGCUUGAUGAGGCUUUAUUGAAUCUGCAGGAUGAAUUUGAGGGUAGGCUACAGAAAUUAAGGCAUCAAAGUAUAGGCGAGGCCUAUGAAGAUAAAGAAGCAGAGAUGGUGGGUUCUGAUCUGGCCACAGAAAUGGAGGUCGAAGUUCUUAGGCGAAUUUCAGAAACCUUGGCUUCCAAUGAUUGCUUGGAUAUAUGUAUCGACAUCUUUGUCAAGGCGAGAUACAGAAGAGCAGCGAAAGCAUUAAUGCGCUUAAACCCUGAUUAUUUGCGGACAUACACUUCUGAAGAAAUUGAUGAAAUGGAGUGGGAGAGCUUGGAGACAGCAGUAACCCUGUGGAUUCAACAUUUUGAGCUUGCAGUUAAAACUGUUUUUGUAUCAGAAAAGAAGCUUUGCAUCCAAGUUUUGGGAGGAAUCUUGGAAGGAGUUAUUUGGCCAGAAUGCUUCGUCAAGAUUGCUGACAAAAUCAUGGCAGUCUUUUUUCGAUUUGGAGAAGGCGUUGCAAGGAGUAGCAAAGAGCCACAGAAGUUGUUCAAGCUCUUGGAUAUGUUCGACUCCUUAGAAAAACUUAAACUCCAGUUCUCAGAGAUUUUUGAAGGGGAAGCAGGAAGUGGGAUUUGUACUAGAUUUAGAGAACUAGAAAAGCUACUCGUCCACGCUUCAUGCAAAGUGUUUUGGGAGUUCGGUCUCAAAAUUGAAGGGAAUGCAGAUGGUCUUCCUCCACCACAAGAUGGCUCAGUUCCAAAACUUGUAAGAUAUGCCAUUAAUUAUCUCAAGUACCUUGCAACCGAGACUCACAGUGUACCUAUGGCCAAAGUUCUUCGAACAGAACAAAUUUGGAAAGCUGGGAUUUUGUCUAAACCCGAAACUGAUGAGAAUUUACUCAAGGAUGCAAUUUUCAAUGUGAUGGAAGCUCUCCAAAGAAACGUCGAAUCAAAACGGUCAAAUUAUAAGGACAAAGUUCUGCCCCACGUUUUUGCCAUGAACACUUACUGGUACAUUUAUAUGAGAACUAGAAACACAGAACUAGGAAAACUAUUGGGAGAACAAUACAUGAAAAAGAAAUACAAGAUUGUGGCAGAGGAAUCAGCUUACUUGUAUCAAAGGCAAGCUUGGGGACCUCUUGUUAGGUUGUUGGACGAAGAAGAAUUGAAAAUGCAGAGCAACGAGAUCACAGCCAAUGUUGGAGUUCUGAUAAGAGGUAAAAUGGAAGCUUUUAUGAAGAGUUUUGAUGAGAUUUCACAAAGGCACAUUGAGUCUUAUAAUAUUCCUGAUUUUGAUUUGAGAGAGCAAAUCAGAGCAGCGACUCUGAAAUUUGUUGUUCCUGCUUACACUGAGUUCUGGAAUUCGUAUUCAUCCGUGUUACAAACCAAAUCGUACGUUACUCCUGAGUCGGUCAAGGGACGAUUGGGUCAAAUAUUUAACGGUGGUGAUAGGGUGGAUGCUGGAAGGUCUAAGCGUCGUGAUUCAAGGGAUCGGACAGCUGAUAGAGCCUCGGCAUCUGUUGAGGGUGACAUCAAGGAUUUUCGACGAACCAGAUCAUCUACCAGUGAUAAAUAAAUGAAAGUGUCAUCAUUAUGUGUGU